UAUAGCCUCUAGGCGUUUCUAGUGCCGAUAAGGCGCAUGCGUGAUGUGGCAACACUGCGGACGGAGUCCUCUGCCUGUGAUGCUCCCCCGACUGGAUUCUUGACCCAGGCGUCACCUCGCGCCCUGGACCUACACACUUUGCAAAGCUAUGCAAAGCAAGAGAUAACAUACUUUCACACACGCUUUCUGGAAGUCCGCAUUAAUGGGUUUGAGAAAUAGCCUUUGAACCAGGCUUGCGCAUAGCCCAUGGAAUCUAUUUAGGACUCGGUGUACUGUGUCCAUCUGAGUAGUAUCAUGUCUGCCACGGCGUCGGCCCAGUCGGAGAGAUCCCAAAGAGACGAGACGUGUAAGCAGCGCAAAUUCUUGUCCUUUCUCUUCUAUCAAGCCGUCCGAGACCUCAAGCCAGUAUGGAUGCUGGAGGACAUGCGGACAAUGGAAACGUUCUAUUGGGAGGAGGAUGCUAGCCACAGAACGUACACGCCGUCGGAGGCGCUACUCUAUGCUAUUGUGCAUGACCACCAAGCUUAUGCCCAGUAUUUGCUUAGUCACUAUUCGGACGAAGCCUUGGCGAUGCCGGGCGAGCGCUUCUGUUGCUGCCCUUCAUCUGCACCGCACUUGGCGAUGGCUGUCAGAUAUGACAGGAGAGAUAUUUUGGGACUCAUACUGCAGGUGGCGCAUCGCCUUCCAAGUUUACGCUCGUACAUGAACCGCGGAGGGUGUUUUCACUUGGAAGACGGCAAAACUCCACUCCACUUGGCCUGCGAGCUUUUGCGCUCCGAAGCGGUCAUCUUGCUGCUCGGCAAUGGCGCGUCGCCACAGGCCGAAGACCACAACGGCAUGACGCCGCUCGACGUCAUUCUGGAACAGCUGUGGGACUCGAAAGUGAACGCGGGGGCGAAAAAGACGUGUCUGGACAGCCUGCUGAUGUUCAUGCCUGGUAUCCGUUUCAAAAUGAAACCCUCUCUAGAAAAGGAUCCCCUGCGUUGGUCCAAAUUAAUCGGAGAGGAUAAAUUCAACUACCUCGUCGGAAAGAAUCCUGCUACACUUUUUCUCAUUACUAUGCAAACAAUCUUACAGCAGUUGCCCCCAGAGCAAUUUCCCAAGAGUCUAGAUGACUUGCCCAUCCCGUCGUCUCUGAAACCUCUCCCUGUAGCGUGCAAACAGCGGGGAAAGUUGAAAGUAUUGUAGCUUUUAAUAGGCUAGCCUAUGUUUUAUGAACCGACAAAUAACCUAAUUCGUGGUUUUUAGCAUGAUGUGUGUGUAGGUAAGCCUGUGUGUAUUUAUAUUUGAAUGUACAGUAUGUGUGGGGCAUGCUUCAUGAAAAAGCGAUGAAUUGCAUUAAAUCCAUGAAAUGAGGAAAAUAUGUUUUAACUGUCCAUCACACACUGCCCUGCUGCAGUAGCCUACUAACUGUAUGUGCAGUGUGAUUAACUUUUUGAAUUGUCCAGUAAUGAAAUUAUUUCAGAAGCCAUACUGAGCAGAGUUAAAGGUAAAGUAGCCUAGAAGUAGGCCUACUCUUGCCGAUGUAAGGGCAACACUAGUAGGCUAUGGUAGGCUAUAAAAAGUUGAAACCACGUUAUAUCAUGCCACUGGUGGCGUUACAUAGGCUGGUGAA